AUGGGGCAAUCCGUAGAGGCAGGAGCAGAAAGUCUCUCUCCAGUGUUGGACGCGGCAACAGAAGAAAAGGAAGAACUUACUGCAGAAGAAAGGAGGAAACUGGAAAGAAAACUAAAAAAAGAGCGCAAGAAGAAGGAAAAGCAGCUGAUGAGGGAAGCUGGAAUCUCUACUAAAAAGGUGGAGCCCAAAAAGCAGUCAGGAUCUGAGCUGGCUUUGGCCUAUUUAACCAGCUGGUCUGAAAACCCAGAAGAAUGGAAGUUUCAAAAGACAAGACAAACCUGGCUUCUCUUGCACAUGUAUGAUAAAGAGAAGGUUCCAGACAAGUAUUUCACCAUUUUACUGGAUUAUCUGCAAGGGCUUCAAGGCAAUGCACGAGACUUAACUGUGCAGAAAGCUGAAGCUUUUAUGAAGGAAUUUGAUGAUGCCAAUGCAGAAGACCCGAAUCUCUUGGAGAAGUGUGAGCGCAUACGUCAAGUUCUGCAGCUGCUGUCCUGA